AAUACAUCCCAUAAAAAGUCCACUUUGAUAAAUAAAACCAAAUUCACCAGUCUGCAUAUAUUAAAAAAAUAUAUUAAAAAUAAAGAAGGUGGUAUUGGAUCCAGAUCUUCUGCUUUUCUUCUAUAAACAAAACAUGGGGUUCCCCCCUCUACAAUCCCAAAACAGAUAACCUGUUUUUCUCUCUAAGCAAUGCCUGAAACUCUAAGGCAUCUGUUUGUUCCUCCUAAUAUUUCUUCUUUCACUUUGCUUCUUACAAUAACUUCUCUUCUGUUUUGUUCUUGUUAUUCUAUUGAUGAACAAGGGCAGGCUCUUUUGACAUGGAAGAACAGUUUGAACAGCUCCAGGGAUGUGUUGGAAACUUGGAAUCCUGGAGACACAAGUCCAUGCAAAUGGUUUGGGAUUCAUUGCAACUCAAAUGGAGAAGUGGUGGAGAUAAGUUUGAAAGGACUGGAUUUGCAGGGCUCAUUGCCUUCAAAUUUUCAGGCCUUGAAGUCCUUGAAGAGACUUAUCAUAUCAUCUUGCAAUCUCACAGGGAGGAUUCCGGAAGAACUUGGGGAGUUUCGCGAACUCGUGUUCGUUGAUCUUAGUGGGAAUUCUCUCUCAGGGGAGAUUCCAGUGGAGAUUUGCAGGCUGAGCAAAUUGGAAAGUUUGUAUCUUAAUACAAAUUUUCUUGAAGGUGAGAUUCCUUCUGGCAUAGGAAACUUGUCAAGUCUUGCUUAUUUGACUCUCUAUGACAAUCAACUCAGUGGGGAGAUUCCAAAAAGUAUUGGAGCAUUGAGCAAGCUGAAAGUGUUCAGAGCAGGAGGGAAUCAGAAUCUGAAGGGUGAGCUGCCAGAGGAGAUUGGAAACUGCACAAACUUGGUUAUGUUAGGCCUCGCCGAAACCAGCAUUUCUGGAAGGCUUCCUUCUUCAAUCGGAAAGCUGAAAAAGAUUCAAACCAUAGCUAUUUAUACUUCAUUACUUUCAGGCCCUAUUCCUGAAGAGAUUGGAGACUGCAGUGAGUUGCAGAAUCUGUACUUGUAUCAGAAUUCGAUCUCCGGUCCGAUUCCAAGGAGAAUGGGGGAGCUCAGCAAGCUUCAAAAUUUACUCUUGUGGCAGAACAGCUUGGUUGGUGCAAUUCCUGAGGAUCUUGGUAGCUGCACAGAGCUGAAAAUCAUGGAUUUUUCUGUGAAUCUUUUAACUGGAAGCAUACCAAGAAGUUUUGGGAACCUUUUGAAGCUUCAAGAGCUUCAGUUAAGUGUCAAUCAGUUGUCAGGUACCAUACCUAUUGAAAUUGCAAACUGCACAGCUCUGACUCAUCUGGAAAUUGACAACAAUGAAAUUUCUGGUGAUAUUCCUGAUGUUAUUGGCAGUCUACAGAGCUUGACUCUAUUCUUUGCCUGGCAAAAUAAUUUAACAGGCAAUGUUCCUAAGAGCCUUUCUCAGUGUCAGGAACUUCAGGCUGUUGAUCUGUCUUACAAUAAUCUCUUUGGUUCAAUACCAAAAGAGAUUUUUUCAUUGAGAAAUCUCACCAAGCUGCUUCUAAUUUCCAAUGAUUUGUCUGGCUUUAUACCUCCGGAUAUAGGCAACUGCACCACCUUGCGAAGGCUGCGUUUGAAAGGCAAUAAGCUAGCUGGUACUAUUCCAUCAGAGAUUGGCAACUUGAAGAGCUUAAAUUUUGUUGACAUGAGUGACAACCAUCUUGUUGGAGGUAUUCCUCCAUCAAUUUUUGGAUGUCAAAACCUGGAGUUUCUUGACUUUCAUUCUAAUGGUCUCACUGGUUCUGUCCCUGAUACUCUUCCCACAACCCUACAGUUUCUGGACCUCUCAGACAACAGGCUUACUGGUCAGCUCACUCAUAGCAUUGGCUCACUAUCAGAGCUAACCAAACUUCUUCUGGGAAAGAAUCAAUUUUCUGGAAGAAUUCCAGGGGAGAUACUGUCUUGCAGAAAGUUAAUCUUGUUAGACCUUGGAAACAAUGGUUUUUCUGGUGAAAUUCCGAAGGAACUUGGUCAAAUUCCAGCACUUGAAGUGGCUCUCAAUCUUAGCUGCAACCAGUUUUCAGGAGAGAUCCCAUCGGAAUUCUCUGGCCUUAGCAAGCUAGGAAUACUUGACCUCUCCCACAACAAACUUGCUGGGGACCUAGAUGUUCUUACAAGCCUGCAAAACCUUGUCUCCCUCAAUGUCUCCUUCAAUGACUUCUCUGGGGAAUUGCCUAACACCCCAUUUUUCCGAAAACUCCCUCUAAGUGACCUUGCUUCCAACCGAGGUCUAUACAUCUCCGGUGGGGUUGUAGCGUCUACAGACGGUUUAAGACAUGCAGGCCAAGCCAGAUCAGCAAUGAAGCUAGUUAUGUCAAUCCUCAUCAGUGGCAGUGCAGUUCUUCUGCUACUAGCAAUUUAUGUAUUAGUCAGAACCAGAAUGGCUAGCAAAAGGUUCAUGGAAGAUGAAACUUGGGAGAUGACUUUGUAUCAGAAGCUUGAGUUUUCCAUUGAUGACAGCGUCAAGAGCCUAACAUCAGCUAAUGUGAUCGGCACAGGAAGCUCAGGAGUUGUGUAUAGAGUCACAAUUCCAAACGGGGAAACACUAGCAGUGAAAAAGAUGUGGUCAUCAGAAGAGUCUGGUGCAUUCAAUUCCGAAAUUCAGACUCUAGGUUCAAUCAGGCAUAAGAACAUUGUCAGGCUUUUAGGCUGGGGUUCAAACAAGAACCUGAAACUGCUCUUCUAUGAUUACCUCCCCAAUGGAAGCUUGAGCUCACUCCUUCAUGGAGCAGGCGGCAAAGGAGGAGCCGACUGGGAUGCUAGAUAUGAUGUUGUUUUAGGUGUAGCACAUGCACUUGCAUAUUUGCAUCAUGAUUGUGUGCCUGCUAUUUUGCAUGGAGAUGUUAAAGCGAUGAAUGUGUUGUUAGGCCAUGGCUACCAGCCUUAUCUUGCUGACUUUGGUCUAGCUAGAAUUGUCAAUAGCAAUCCUGAUGAUGGCCUUUCUAAACCAAGUCAAAGACCUCAAUUAGCUGGUUCUUAUGGUUACAUGGCUCCAGAGCAUGCAUCAAUGCAGCCGAUCACAGAGAAAAGUGAUGUGUACAGUUUUGGUGUUGUUCUUUUGGAGGUUUUAACAGGGAGGCAUCCACUGGACCCAACUUUACCUGGUGGUGCACAUUUGGUUCAAUGGGUUAGAGACCAUUUAGCAAGCAAAAGAGACCCAGCUGACAUUCUUGAUCCAAAGCUUAGAGGGAGAGCUGACCCUAUAAUGCAUGAGAUGCUUCAAACACUGGCUGUAUCAUUUCUCUGCAUCAGCAUAAAAACCGAUGAUCGCCCCAUGAUGAAGGAUGUUGUUGCAAUGCUGAUAGAAAUUAGACAUGUUGAGUCCACAAGGCCAGAAAAUGACAUUUCAAAAGGGCAAUUAUCAAGUACUCCUCCUAAGUCCUUGCCUCCUCCUUCUAGACUUGCAGUGUCACAAGGAUCUUCUCACUGCUCUUUCACCUUUUCCGACGAGUCAGUAUAAUCAUCAGACCUCUCAUACAACCUCAAAAGAUCCGAUAGCUAAACCAGUUAAUACCCAUGAGAAAGGGGUCAAUUCUGAAUCUCAGAAUUUACUAUGUUUGGUAAUGUAGAUUUAAAUAUUUAAAAAUUUUAGCAUAGUUGCUAAGUAAUAUUAUUGUAGUAUAUUAUUAACAAAUGUAACAAAAAUAAGAGGAGAUUUAUCUUGGGAAGAACUGAGGGAAUGACUGCAGAAUUAGCAGAACCUUAAGAAAUGAUUGGUAGAUUUGUAUUUAUGAAAUCAUAAUUUAUUGCAAAGUUAUGAGAUUCUCUUUCUCUUUC